AUGGAAUUCGGUGGAAGUGGAGGCCUGUUGCAUCAAAUCAUCGAGAGGUAUAAAUGGGUCCAGACAUUAGCUGAUGAAAGAGUGGUUGAUUGGCCAUUGAUGACUUCUCCUUUGGCAGCCCUCAUGAUCACGAUGGGAUACUUUUUGAUCGUUGUUGUUGGUCCAAAAGCCAUGACACACUUCAAGCCGCUUCCUGUUGCAAAGCUUCUCUUUCCAUACAAUAUCUCUGUUGCUUGUCUGAACCUCUACAUUGCUGUAGAGGGCUUACAUCUUGUAUGGCUCCUAAAGUACAAUUGGGUCUGUGAGCCUGUGCGGUACACAAUAGAUCCCUUAGAGAUGAGAGUCGCAGCAGUCCUAUGGUGGUAUUUAAUCUCCAAGCUCAUUGAGUUUUGUGACACUAUCUUCAUUAUCAUAAGGAAGAAGGUUGAGCAUUUGACACCUCUUCACAUCUAUCACCACUCAACCAUGUUCUUCCUUUGUUGGAUUGGUGUCAGAUAUGUUGCGGGUGGAUCAGCUGUGCAGUGUGCUCUUGUAAACAGCCUUGUUCAUGUGUUCAUGUACAUCUACUAUGCAAUUGCCAGCCUUGGUCACACUUGGAAACAGUUCUUAUGGUGGAAAAGGUAUAUAACCAUCCUACAAAUGGUUCAGUUCAUCAUGGGAGUGGUUAUGGGGACAAAUGCAUUGAUCAGAGGUUGUGCGUUCCCAGUAUGGAUGCAGUAUAUGUUGGUCCUUUAUGCAUUCUCUUUUCUCCUGCUGUUCUGUAACUUCUACAGAAGAGCAUACAUCAUACAACCAAAAAAAGAGAAGGGAGAAGAUACUCAGGAGAAUGCAGUGAUCAAGUUCCCAGGCAUUGAUACUAUAAAUGGACUGCAACCACCUCAAAAGAGACAUCGUCAUCCGCCAAGAAAUCAGAAUGCUAGUCUUCAUCCCAUUCAUUAG